GACUGAUGCCAACACUUCAUUGAUGUGAACAAAACCGGCGUUUAUUUGCUAUUAAAUUGAGAUUAUCUUAAAUUAAUUGAUCAUUUAGUGAUCAUUUCAAUCAUAAUGUAUUGCUUAGGAGUAUUGAGUUUGUUAUCACUUGUGGCCAUAGGUUGGGCCCAAAUGGAGACAUUGGUUCUGUUGGAUAACCUGUCCAUCAGAGAGACUCAUUCGCUAUUCUUCAGAUCACUUCAACAGAGAGGCUUUCAGUUGACAUACCGUUCAGCCGAUGACCCGACCCUUUCAUUAGUCAAAUACGGCUCUCAUGUCUACCAAAACCUCAUUAUAUUCUCGCCGUCUGUCGAAGAAUUUGGUGGUAAUGUAAACGUUGAGGCGAUCACUGAGUUCAUAGACAAUGGCGGCAAUGUCUUAGUCGCCGCCAACAGUAAUGUCGGCGACGCUAUCAGAGAGUUGGCCACAGAAGUGGGCGUUGAGAUCGACGAAGAGGGCGCUCAUGUGAUCGAUCACAUGAACUAUGAUGUGUCGGAUGCGGGACAGCACACACUGAUUGUCGCCGAAUCGGACAGUCUAUUGCCGGCGCCCACUAUUGUCGGCGAUCGGGCAAAGAUUGGACCCAUUCUUUACAGAGGCAUUGGAAUGGUUUCCGAUCAAAACAAUCCACUCGUUUUGGACAUUCUUCUGUCCGCUUCGACCGCUUAUUCUUAUAAUCCCAAUAAGAAAAUCACUGAAUAUCCGCACGCCGUCGGCAAGAAUACACUUUUGGUGUCCGCACUUCAGGCCCGAAACAACGCUCGAGUCGUGUUCACCGGAUCUCUAGAUUUCUUCAGCGAUGCCUUCUUUACAUCUGGUGUUCAAAAGAGAGGAACCGAUAAGAAAGUAGAAAAGUCCGGAAACGAAGCGCUGGCUAUCGCUCUAUCGAAAUGGGUGUUCAAAGAAGAGGGAGUACUCCGUGUCGGACGUAUCCGUCACCACAAGUUGGGAGAGAAGACUCCGCCCGAAGCGUACACUGUGUUGGAAGACGUGGUCUUUUCCAUUGAGAUCGAGCGAUACGUAUCGGGAAAAUGGAUUCCUUUCGAUGCGAAUGACGUUCAGUUGGAAUUCGUAAGAAUCGAUCCAUUCGUCAGAACUGUCCUCAAAAAAGUGGGCAAUUCUUACGUUUCAAACUUCAAAAUACCGGACGUUUACGGCGUCUAUCAGUUCAAAGUGGAGUACAAGAGAAUUGGAUUCACUUAUGUCUACAGUUCAACACAAGUCAGUGUCCGUCCACUACAACACACCCAAUACGAGCGCUUCAUUCUCUCCGCUUAUCCCUAUUAUAUCAGCUCUUUCUCAAUGAUGUUCGGAGUCUUUGUCUUCAGUUUUGUGUUCCUUUACUAUAAGGAAACGCCUAAAGAAAAGCCCGAAUAAUAAUCACUCAUUGAAUACAUGUCUA